UCGUUCUUCCGGGGAAUAUCCUUUAAAUUUUUGUGUACGACAAAUGUCCUCUCCCAGACAGCCGGACCAUUUAAACUAAUUUUUCUUCAGAGAUACUGAGAUACAGAGAGAGAGAGUGUGUGUUCCACUCAGAUUUCAGAAGCUCCAAACUUUAAUGUGUUUAUUAAUGGAGGUUUUUUAAUAAAAGUUUUCCUUUGAUCACCAAUCCUCUGUCGACCUUAGCUCUCUCUGCCCUAUCUUUUUAAUCUGAAACUCGAGACUUCAGAAAAAAAGAAGCAACAGUUCGACCUUCCGAGGUUCUUCCAUGUCAUCUUCAUUGGACUCGUCACUUCUUUAGUACGCAACCGUUUUUUAUUCUAUCAAGCCGUUUCUGUCGUUUUUUUAGUUUAAUAUACAUAUGACAUUUUCCAUUUCUUGCUGUCCCUUGAAGCAUCUGAAUCUUGAAUUCGAAGUUUCAGCAUGACCGGUCCUCAAAUUAGGUUUGCUUUCUAUUUCUCUACCCAAUUUAGUUUCCUAUUCCAUCUCUUCACGUUAUAAGAUCCGGAAAUCACUUCUUCACAAAGUCCUACCUUACAGAUUGAUUUCACCUUUUCAUAUGUUGCUGUUUUACGGAAGGUGUUCUCAUUUUUUAAGAAGGUGAGCGCUUUGAGGUCUUUGUUUGGAGUUCUCAGGUCUGGGGAGAAAAAUAGAACUUGUUUCGGUUGGACUUGGCAUCUGCUUUCUGGCUUCCUAAGUUUGGAUAGAUCAAAGAUUUCGAAAUUCCAAUUUUGGUUUUAAACUGAACUACUUUAUAUAGUCUGUCUACAGAGGUGAAUGUAUCAACUUUAUUCAAAACCUAUGUUUCGGUUUCGAAGUCAGUAGGGUAGGCCUAGAUUAAAUGUUAAUCAUCCCUCGGAUAUGGUGGCUUUGGUUCCGUUACCAAAGCUCUUUGCUUCUCUUUGGUUUUCUUACUCUUCUUUCCGGAGCUUCUUUCUCACUUAAGAAGAUUUGGAUUGCUUGUCUUGAGGAUUGGAACCCUAAGAAGUCAGGGAUUGAUAAACAGGCCAUUUCUAUAUUAUUAACUACUUUAAACAAGUAAUGAGGAAGAAUGCCCAUCCUCACUCUGGAAGGGCAUUUACUGAUAGAAGGUGGAUUCCUCCAUUUUUUGCGAGUUUGCUCGUGUCUGUUACUCUGUUUUUGGCAACAUCUUUUGGGCUUUUCUCCUCUCCCCAUGGAAAAGAUCCUCUUUCAUUUGACUUCAUUUCAUUUGCUCGAAUGGAGGAUACUAGUGAGUAUUUUGUGGAAUCAAACUUGAAGAGAUCUUUUGGUCGGCCUAGAAAUUCAAAAAUGGAAGCACCAAGAAUAGCUUAUCUCAUUUCGGGAACAAAGGGCGACACUCGGAGAAUGAGGAGGACUUUACAGGCUGUGUAUCAUCCAAGAAAUCAAUACAUUCUGCAUUUGGAUCUUGAGGCUCCUCCUCGUGAAAGAAUAGAAUUGACCACAACUAUAAAAAUUGAUCCAACAUUUCGUCAAGUGGAGAAUGUGCGUGUAAUGGCGCAAUCUAACUUGGUAACUUACAGGGGCCCUACGAUGAUAGCUUCUACUCUUCAAGCCGUAGCUAUUAUGUUGAAGGAGAGCAUUGAUUGGGACUGGUUUAUUAACCUCAGUGCUUCAGAUUAUCCUCUUGUCACACAAGAUGAUCUGCUUCAUGUUUUCACUAAUUUGUCCAGGGAUCUCAAUUUUAUUGAACAUACACCCAUUAUUGGGUGGAAAUUGAACCAAAGAGCAAGACCAAUCAUCGUUGAUCCAGGUCUUUACUUAUCAAAAAAGUCUAAUAUUUUUUGGACUACUCAACGGCGUUCCCUUCCAACAUUUUUUAAAUUAUUUACUGGUUCAGCAUGGGUGAUGCUCAGCAGGUCCUUCCUUGAAUACUGUAUAUGGGGUUGGGACAAUCUCCCCCGAACUCUCCUUAUGUAUUACACGAAUUUUGUCUCAUCACCAGAAGGCUACUUCCACACUGUUAUCUGCAACACAGAAGAGUUCCGUAACACUGCUGUGAGCCAUGACCUCCACUAUAUUGCUUGGGAUAAUCCUCCAAAGCAGCACCCCCGCUCUUUGACAAUGAAGGACUUAAAUGGCAUGGUCAAAAGCGGUGCCCCAUUUGCCCGGAAGUUUGCCAAGGAUGACCCAGUCUUAGACAAGAUUGACAAGGAGCUUCUGGGUAGGCCCAAAGACCAGUUUGCUCCUGGUGCAUGGUGCAUUGGGAGUUCAGAUGGAGGAUCUGACCCCUGCUCCUUGAGAGGUAAUGAUUCAGUAUUUAGUCCAGGUGUGGGUGCUGAGAGGUUGAAAGAACUGUUACAGAAACUUUUGUCUGAAGAUCUUUACAGCAAGCGAUGUUCAUUUCAGGCAUCAAAUUCAGUCAAUCGAAGUGUACAUUGAUGCAUUAGUGGAGUUGUAAAAGGUUCAUGUAAAUUGAUGUGGUUAUAAUCAGGUUAAAUUUACAGCACAAUAGCUAAUGCAUCUAUCGAAAUUAAUCUAGGAUGACCUGGGAAACCCUCUGGUUGGAUUCUUGAUGCUUAAAAUCGGGUUUAAAUUUGAAAACUUGAGCCUGACCCGAUAAGGCAUUUGAGAGCACAAAGUUCAUCAUUUAAGGGGUAUUCUGUACUAUGGUCUUAAAUAGGUGUGGUAUGGUUGAAAUUGAAAACAUGAGAAAUAAGUGAUAUUUUGAGUUCUGGAACUGGAACCACUGAAUCAAUGAUUACUGUUUUUAGAAUCAAAAUCUACAUAAAAAGCAAGUGCCCAGAAAUUGGUUAUUGGUUCUCCUACGAGAGACACUUUCUGACCUCCAUACCUCCACCUUUUAUUAUUGGCAAUGAAAUUCCAUUUGAACUUAUGGGGGCUCUCUGUUGAAUCAAGACCCUUUAAUACUUUCAUCAACGUCACCUGUUUGUAUUUCAAAAUAACUCCUGCUAUCGGGACAGCAAAUACCUGCAGUUGCAGAUGAAUUUGGCCAUGCCUUCUCCAAAAAUACGAUUUUGAUAAAAAAAAAAAAAAA